CGGUGGCUCUCAUUUGGAAGACUUGACCUCUGUCUCUCUUGAUUCAUAGGGAGAAAAAAAAAUGCAAGAUCUUGGAUCGACACCCGCUCCAAGGAGAACAUUAUACAGACGCUCCACGUCUCAAGAGCUCGCGCCCCAGCACAUCACGCGCCGACGCAGCCUUGUACCAUCUGGAAGCAGACAGCUCUCGCGUAUAGGUACGCCUGCCAGGGCCUUGCAUAGGCAUGAUAGCGUUAGGGACGACGCAGGGAGUGCGCAGGAGGGGAUGGACGUAGACCAGGACGCUGUGGACGAGAUUGUUGUUGAGCGAGGACUCAAGUUCGAGACAAUAUUCGCAAAGUCGGACGAGCUCCAGGUGACAUUCUACGCGCAUUUGCCGACAGAGGUGAAAUUACUGCUCAGAAAUGCCGAUUUCUGCCGUGAUGCGUAUACGGGGGAGGUUGACACCGCGUCAGGCUUUGCUCUUGUGGCUUCAACGGACAAAUGCUUUGUGUGGAACCACUCACAAGCCUUAACGGGUACACCGACAUGCUACAUCUUCCCUUGCCCUCAAGAUCUGGACCCAUUGGCUGACACGGCACUGCAUGCACUCGUCCCGUAUGGUCCUACGCGUGAACCAGGGCUUAUUCUUCUUACUCCCGGGGGCAUCCUGCACUUCUGGGAUAGUCUUGGCAUGGGUCUGGCUGGUGGUGAACCAUCCUCUAGAAGCAACUUACCGUUGACGGCAGAUGAGAGAGUGACCACGCUGACGCGUGCGGACCCACAAACCUUCGUGGUUUCGACGUCAAUAGGCCGCCUCUUCCGCCUUGUAUUGGCUGCUUCCAGCGGGAAGUAUCUGAUCACAGCCCACGCUUUCAAUCGCCCUACAUCCAUGUAUUCCCUCUCCCGCCUUCUUCCAACUUUCCUCUCGUCUACUUCCCAGGGUACGGAGGUUGAAGUAGGAAACAUCAACGCUGUUGCGCUGCGCGAUCGUCCGGCCGACAAUACAGGCCGUGAUGUGUGGACGCUCAUUAACUGCCGCGUUCAGAGGUGGAACAUGCGUACUGAGGGUUGGGAGGAGCUACUUGUCGACCAGGAUGUCUGGUCACUUAUAGGCCCAUACGUCGUCAAGAAGUUCGCUGCAAGUAUCUCUGGGACAGAGUUAGACUUGGAUUUGGAGCUGCUGGACAUCAAGCUUACUGGGUCCGAUGAGCUGCUCAUUCUCAUCUCCUUUGCAGGCAUUGAAGACCAAGUGGCGAUUGAUAUCGCACCCCAGCCCAAACGCAUAUAUGCCAUCGUCGGACUCUCUUAUUCAUCAGGUGCUUUCCGAGUGAUUGAAGAGAAGAUUCAGAAAGUACCCUACCAGAGUACUUCGAGCUCCGGCGCGCCCAUGCACGCUCGCAUGCAGCUGCUUCUCGAGGGUAGCAUGAUUGCUAUUCAAUUUGGAGACACUGUCGCCCUGUGUGCUCCAGAUACAGAAUACACUGACCGUCUUGAGCUAAAGUCGGCUAGCGACCGGACGCUCGGUAUUGGCGUGCCUCGCGUUGGAGAUGAGAGUACAUUGAUGGUGCUGACCGCCGCGACACUCAUGAAGGUAUCUGUUGAUGCGGAGAAGGUCGCUCAUUUCCAGGCUGCUACUGGAAGGGCGAAUCUGAUUAAGUCAACAAUGACACAGGCAAUUCUAUACGGGUCGCACCCUGAGAACCCGUUGCACUUCAGCUUCCCUCCGGAUGUAGACGAGGAAGCAUUGAUGUCAGGUGCUGAGCAGCUCAGUCAGGCUAUAAUGGAGUCCGACACUAGCGUCAUCCGACCGAAUCAUGAUCUUACGGCCCAGCUGACUCAUCGCAGGGAAAGACUGAGCUUCCUCAUCAAAUUCAUCAACGAUAACGGUGUGCUCACAAAGAUGAGCCAAAGGAGUCGCCAACGCCUUGCAACAGAUGCCGAGAAGCUCUAUGCUGCCUCACAGCUGUGGCUAAGGCAUAACGAUAUUCUUGCCUCCGGCGGCAACCAUUACGUCCUGGCUGAAGCUGUCUAUACAUAUAUGCACGAUGCUGGCGAGGGACACCACGAAGAUUUCAUGCGUGCUUUCUUCCGCCUGAAGGUCCAGGACCUUGGCGCAUUGCUCCCUCGGGUGAACGACAUUGUGAAGCGCUCCUCGUACGAAGUCACGCACAGCCUCCAAGAAACUCUGCCUCACGCGAACGACAUUAUUCUGACCCUCCUGCAGAGCGCAACUGACUAUCGUGGCUACAAUCUUCGUGUCUAUGGCAUUGACCUCCCGCUGAUUGAGCCAUGGGCAUCUCAGUCUCGGGUUAUUGACAUUGUCUCGCACCUUUUCGACCUAACCUUCCGCCUUAUCGACUCACCGUCAUCUACCACUACCAUCUCUACUCCGUCAACUACGCUCGCCACACUGCGCGGUCAGCUGCCUGAACUUGCCGGUGUGCUUUUCUCUGCGUACGCAGAAUGGUGCGCAUGGCUCGGCAGCCCACUUGCGACAUCGGACCCCACACACGCGCGCGUCCAGGCUGAGUUCGACGAGCGUUUCAGGCAGGCGCGUCCUGUCGUGCUCGACACGCUCCGGCGCGCGGGCUUCAUCGACCGAGCAUUCGUACUCGCGGAACGCUACCGCGAUUACGGCGGUCUUGCAGCACUAUGUCACAGCGAACGCGAGAAGGUAUAUCCACCGGAUGCGAACCCAUACCAACGCCGGAUAUGGCAGUACGUUGAGAAGUACAAGGAGCAUUUCGUUGAAGAGAUGUGUGCCUGGUGCAUUGAACAUGGUGAGGUCAGGACACUCUUUGCACAAGAACAGCACCACGCUGUCUUCAGCGCGUACCUCGACAAAUUCUUCGCCAGCCAUCGACACCCGAGCGUAUCGUGGCUCCAUGACAUUGGCAAGGGCCGUUACGGCAUCGCGGCAAAUUCUCUUCUCGAGGAGGCCGAGAGUGCAGGCGAACUUAGUGCCAAGCAUCUGAUGCUCAGUAUCGGCAAGCUUGCGUACCUCGCCGAUGCGCUGGAAACGAAUUCCGCGGUGGACGAUCGCAUCUUUGGUGCGUUCCACGACGGUCUUGACUUCGUGUCCGUUCACGACUCCUUGCUUGUGGAUCUGAAAUCCGCACUCUCAACAUCUCGGAACAGGCAGUCAAUCGAUCAGCAGGUCGACGUGAUCACAAAAGCUAAAGCGACUAAGCUCGCUGUCACUGGCCGGCGGGCUCUUCAGAGUGUUUUCAAGCAGCUAGUCAAGAGGUUGCUGCAGGGCAAGGCUCUGAGCAUCGAGGACGCAGCGGAUGCAUUGUCCUUGAAGGAUAACGAGGACGAGGGACAACUAGAGCACUAUGUGAUUGCAUUGCGGCUGUUAGUACACGCUAAGAUUCCGGAAGCGAGGAAGCAGAAUGCCUUCAGAAGUGUCUGGAGGAGGAUCUAUUUACAUGACGACUGGAGAGCAAUCCGCCACACAGUGAACACCACGGAUGCCGAGAUCACAAAGCGGUUCCGGCACACCGCACUGUACCAUGCGUUAGUGUCAACGAUUCACGCAGACCCCGAGUAUUCUGCAUGCGAAGGGUUCAUCAUCGCCGAGCCAAAUGAUGCGCUUACAAUGCCAACACUGUCGCAGCUGCAGUCAAGGUGGCCAGGCAUGCCUGACGUGGAUGUUGAGGGUAUCCUAGGGGACUACGAGUGGGAAAGCGCUGCAUUGAAGGAGUUGGGGCUGGAGGAUGUCGUUGACCGUAUUAGAGAGCUAGCCGAGAACGAUUGGGAGUAAAGCUCUUACAAUGUCCUUGACCAUGUCCAAGCAUGUAACACCGCACGCUAAUCG